GGCUCCUUUCCCUCGCCCUCUUCGUUACUGUCCCUGUAUUCUUCCAGACAGACCCUGCCCUUUCCUGUCUGAGGCAUCUGUUGUUGAGGUUUGGGUAGACUGACAAUGGGGAUCUUUCUCUGCAGCUUGCAUCGCUGACCCUCCUGUUUGGGAGCGUCUGUUCAGUGGUCCCCUUAUCCCCUCUCUUUUGAAUGUCACUCAUCAUGGCCAAGCGUGAAACUGGCAGCACCAGCCCUGUGGUCAGACAGAUAGACAAGCAGUUCCUGGUCUGCAGCAUCUGUUUGGAUCGCUAUCACAACCCCAAGGUUCUGCCGUGCCUGCACACUUUCUGUGAGAAAUGUCUACAGAACUACAUCCCUCCCCAGUCUUUGACGCUGUCCUGCCCAGUAUGCCGACAGACAUCCAUCUUGCCGGAGAAGGGAGUGGCAGCCCUACAGAACAACUUUUUCAUCACAAACUUAAUGGAAGUGUUACAGAGAGACACAGAAUGCAGUCGAGCCGAGGCGUGCAAUGUUCUCGAGUCAGCCAACGCAGCCACAACCUGUCAACCCCUUUCUUGCCCAAACCAUGAAGGAAAGGUAAUGGAGUUUUACUGUGAGUCAUGUGAGACAGCCAUGUGUCUGGAGUGCACAGAAGGGGAACACAGGGAACAUGUGACCGUUCCUCUGAGGGAUGUGCUGGAGCAGCAUAAGUCGGUUCUUAAAAACCAGCUGGACACUGUGCGCAACAGAUUACCUCAGCUGACUGCUGCCAUUGGUCUGGUAAAUGAGAUCUCCAAGCAGCUAACAGAGAGGAAAAACGGGGCAGUGACUGAUAUCAGUAAUACUUUUGACGAGCUUGAAAAGGCAUUACAUCAACGCAAGACGGCUCUUAUUACAGAGGUGGAAAACAUCUGCAGCUCCAAGCAAAAGGUGCUCCAAACCCAGCUGACCACUUUGCUUCAGGGCAAGGAAAACAUUGAGAGCAGCUGCAGUUUCACAGAACAUGCUCUAAGCCAUGGCAGCGCCACUGAGAUCCUGCUGGUUCAGAAACAAAUGGGCGAGAGGGUCAGCGCUCUGGCAGGGCACACCUUCCCCGAGCAUCCUCAUGAAAACGGACACCUGGAGUGCCAGGUAGAGACGGAUGGACUCCGGCGUUCUAUUCAGAACCUAGGGGUCCUCAUCACGACAGGGGCUGUGGGACACACCAGCGUGGCCACUGGCGAAGGGUUGCGACAUGCAGUGGUCGGCCAGCACACCACCAUCACCGUCACCACCAAAGACAAGAACGGAGAGUUGGUGAAAUCUGGGAACGCCGUUCUAAAGGCGGAAAUAGUUUCCGCCGAUGGAGUUUGCACUGAAGCUGAGGUGGUGGACAACAAGAACGGCACCUAUGAGGUUGGAUAUUCCCUCCGAUCUGAGGGAGAGUUCACCUUCUCCCUGUUAUUAUAUGACCGACCUGUGAGGGGGAGUCCAUUCCGCCUCCGGGCCGUCAAGCCAUCAGAUGUCCUGCAGUCACCAGAAGACGUGAAAAGAAGAGUGAAGUCUCCAAGUGGAGGAGGGGGCCACGUCCGACAGAAGGCUGUACGCAGGCCCUCCAGCAUGUACAGCACCACCAAGAAAAAGGAAAACCCAAUAGAAGACGAGCUGAUCUACAGAGUCGGAACAAGAGGGCGGGAUAAAGGCGAGUUCACAAACCUUCAGGGCAUCUCAGCUUCCAGUAAUGGGCGGAUUGUGGUCGCAGACAGUAACAACCAAUGCAUACAGGUAUUUUCUAAUGAUGGCCAGUUUAAGAUGAGGUUUGGUGUGCGGGGUCGAUCUCCAGGACAGCUGCAGCGUCCCACGGGUGUAACUGUGGACAUGAACGGAGACAUAAUAGUAGCCGACUAUGACAACAGAUGGAUUAGCAUUUUCUCCUCAGAUGGCAAAUUUAAGAAUAAAAUCGGUGCUGGGAGGUUGAUGGGACCCAAAGGUGUGGCUGUGGAUAAAAACGGACAUAUAAUCGCUGUGGAUAACAAAGCCUGCUGCGUCUUCAUUUUCCAAUCAAACGGGAAGCUGGUGACAAAGUUCGGAGCCAAAGGAACCUCAGAGAGACACUUUGCAGAGAAAAGUGGUGCAAACAUUGCAUUGGAAUCAAAGCUUAGUAAAUCUGGCCCUCUUUUCAGUCCUCACUUUGUGGCUGUUAAUAACAAAAAUGAGAUUGUGGUAACAGACUUUCAUAACCAUUCAGUCAAGGUGUACAAUGCUGAUGGAGAGUUUCUGUUCAAAUUUGGCUCCCACGGCGAGGGGAACGGCCAGUUCAAUGCUCCAACAGGCGUGGCUGUCGAUGGCAAUGGAAACAUCAUUGUUGCAGAUUGGGGAAACAGUCGCAUCCAGGUGUUUGACAGCUCAGGGUCCUUCCUGUCCUACAUAAAUACGUCAGCUGAUCCGCUUUAUGGCCCUCAGGGUUUGGCCCUCACAUCUGACGGCCAUGUGGCGGUGGCAGACUCUGGAAACCACUGCUUUAAAGUCUACCGCUACCUGCAGUAGAAACAGAAGGCCAUCUCCACCACUUGGAGCACUGACGACACAACAAAUGUAAUCCACAGGGUGCAAUGAUAUUUUCCAGUGCAGCCUUUUGAUGUGCACAUCAGCAUAUUUCUCAGAUGUAACCGUCAACCCGUUUCACCUUUUUAUGAUGUGCAUUGAGGGUCGUUUCUCUUUUUCUUCAAGCUCAGCAAUGUAGCAUUUUUGGGACAAAUGCUCGCACAGAUCCAUGGACGUUCCGGAGAAUAUUCAAAGGCAUUUUUGUGUUAUAUUAUACAACAAGGCUGUCAGUACACCUUAGGAUAUAGACUAAAAUAUUUAAUCAGCGCAGACCUUUCAAGAUGCAUGAAAUACUUAUUUUUUCUUUAUCAGUUCCCAGGCAACUGCAUAGUGCACAUUAGCUGUUUUUACCCAACAGUGCUCUGCUUUUUCAGCAAUGGAAUGACACGUAAACAUUUAUCAUUUACUGGCAUCUAUCGUGAAAAAAUGUAACCACCAUUUGUGCAUUGGUUUGCUGUAUGUACUGUAUAUGCUGUACAUGAAUGUACAUUGUGUAUAUUAGAUCACUCUGUAAGUGCUGCUUGGUUUUGAAACACGCAGUUUUUUUUUUUUGCUUUUUCAGAGCGCAGCAGAUGAAGGAUUCUUGGACUGUUUACAUAUGUGGCAGCUGCAAAAGAAGGAGCUUUUUUGGAAUCUCACCCAGCUCAUGCAUUAGAGAUGAGUGUCAUAGAAAUGCUUAUGUGAGCAGCACAAUAUCUUUUUUUGUUGUUGUUUAUAGCUGUUGUUUUAAAGGGGAAAUGUUGUAAAUUGCUAAUUUAUUUUUUUUUCUACUAGAUCAGUCCUCACGUGUUUUAUUUGCCUUUUUGUUUUAUUUUACGUCAAACAUUCAAGGGAUACGUUUUCCUUGAAGCAGAAUUCACUGAUCCAGGGUUUGUGCAGAUGUGCCGCUCGAUUCUGAGAAUUAAUAGUUGGGGAAAAAAUGUUUGGGUUUACCAUCUGAAAAUGAAUUAUGACUUUUAAUAAAUUAGUUAACAUUUUUGAAUUUUGAUUAAGUGCUGCUUUCAUGCAAUAACACUGCACAAAUCUCAGGAAACCCUUCAAAGUUUAGAUAGAUAGUGAGACAGCAUUGGGAAUUUUUAAUGUUUUAUGGAGAAAAAUAUGUUGAUUUGGCAGAGUAAAACAUUUGCAAUGGGAUCUGAAUUCUGUUGUAAGGGGUCUGCAUUUUUGUGGCUUUACAAAAAAAGAAAAAUCUGUACAUUGCUAUAUAUUAGAUGGGAUUGGCUAGUGAACACAUCAAUGCUUAAGACUCCACUCAGAAUGCUAAUUUAAUAAGCUACCUGUCUUUUCUGCCGAAGUUCCUUCCUUCAUGAUGCCAAACAAUAAGUCCAAAGCGAAGACUCCUGCACGGAGAAUGUUGUCGCUGCUACUGCUGGCCCUCCGGUUCAUUUGCUGUAAUGUCAGAGGUACACAGCAGCAAAGGAGGAGGAGGAUGUGGUCGAGACAGGCUGCUGGUUUCACUCAGUUAUCCACAUUGCUGUGUUUGUCAUCUAAACACUGACUUUUAUUCUCACUCUGUGGUGCUUUCUGAGCUCAAAUAUCACCAGUUACGUCAUUUUUGGAGGUUUGUUUGUUUUGUUUUGUUUUUAAUUACCAAUCCUGUUGUUUGACUUGUUGCCAAACGGAAGCACUGACGUCUUUCGAGAGUCAGGCUUUCCUUUUUAAUCUUUUUUUUUUUUUUUUUUGAAUUAAUGAAGUUUUUUCACCUUACCCAUAUUUUUUCCCUCUAUGAAUAUGCACUGGUAAUAAAAGCACAUGGUUUACUGAACUAUA